GAUCUUUUCUUGACACCUUCCACAUCACGACAUCUCGCUCGAAGCUCUGGCUCUCACAACGGCAACAACACACCCUCAACCCUCAACGCUUCUACCUUCUUCUAUCUAUCAAACUGACCCAAGCAAACAAAGCCAAGCCAAAGCCAAGACCAAAACAGUACUUAUCCACCAUGGCUCCAACUCCCGCUGUAUUAGCAACGACCAGCAAGAAAAUUCAUCACCGUUCGUACCACUACUAUUACAGCAAAACAUCGUCGGAAACCCGUUGGUCUAUUUUGUUGUGUCUGUUCAUGACGUUGACAGUGGGAAUGCUGCGCUAUCGACUCAUGCCAAUUAUUAUUGACGUGAGCAGCAGUGAAGACAAGACGUUGUCGGUAGAAGCCGCACAAGGAGAUCCUACCGAUCCAUUGUCGUGUCACGGCUUACUAGCGCGAUUGCGGUCGAGUCCAAAGGUGGAAUUGGUAGCGAUUGAUUUUGACAAGACAUUAUUGAAUAUUCACACGUGGGGACGAUGGAACCAACGGUCGUCCGACUUGGUACCGCAUGUCCGUCCGGCCUUUUUGUGUUUUAUCAAUUCCGUCUUGCAAGCACGAAUGCCCGUGGCCAUUACGACCUUUUCCAAUCAAAAGGAACUCAUUCAAAAAGUAUUGGCGCGUUCUUUGAAAGCGUAUGAUCGAGAACACGCGCAAACGGAAAAAGAGGCUGCCAUAUACUAUAUUCCCGUCUUUGGGGGAGACGAUUGGGUCAAGGGACACUCCAAGGGAAAACAGAGUCAAUUGAAAUUGGCCAUGCAGUAUUAUAACAAUCAGCAACAGCAAAAAGACAAAGACAAAGACAACAACAAAGAUCCAAUUACACCCGCUUCCACAUUGCUCAUUGAUGAUGAUGCCAACAAUAUCAAAGUCGCACGAAAAGAUGGAUAUCAAGCAGUACUCUACAUGCCUACUAAAGUUCAUGGGUCGUGA